CAUAAUUGAAGUGGGACCCACUAACGAGAUUCCUAUUUCAACGCGCACCGUCGUCAUCCAUCCGCGUUUACAACUACACAUCUCACUGCCAGUUCCGAAGAAGAAGAAGAAAAGAAGAAGAAGAAGAAAAAACUACCACUCCGACCGAGUAGACUCUGAUCUCUCCCUCUCCGCCGGCGAAGGAGAAGCAAUAAUGGCGAUAACGCCGAUGCCUCGCACCUCCCGGUCUGUAUCGUUUGCGGAUCGGCCCGCCGGUAGAUCCGCCGCUGGCGUGUUCACCGUCAAGUUAUUCGCCUGCGUUCUAGCCAUGGCCGUUUUCCUCUUUGUGUCUCUAUCUUUGCGCUACACUCAUUCCUCUGAUCCCUCGGAUCCAGACGUGGGCAUCCCGCACGACCCUUUUGGAGUUGGGCCUGUUCGAAGAUCGGUGCUGGCUUUGAAAUCGGAUCCAUUAAAGCCACGACUUGAUCUGAUCAGGAAGCAAGCUGAUGAUCACCGUACUCUGGCUCUGGCUUAUGCUUCCUAUGCUCGAAAGCUCAAGCUUGAGAACUCAAAACUUGUCCGGGUCUUUGCUGAGCUGUUUCAAAACUAUACUGAUCUGAUCGCAAAGCCUUCAUAUCAAACACUGUUCAAGUCAGAUGCCAUCUCACUGGAUGAAUCGGUGCUUCGGCAGUUCGAAAAGGAAGUGAAAGAAAGAAUCAAAGUCACGCGCCAAGUUGUCGCCGAUGCAAAGGAGUCUUUUGACAACCAGUUAAAGAUUCAGAAGCUCAAAGAUACCAUAUUUGCUGUGAAUGAUCAAUUAACGAAGGCCAAGAAGCAAGGUGCUUUCUCAAGCUUGAUUGCUGCAAAAUCAAUUCCCAAAAGCUUGCAUUGUGUCACUAUGAGACUAAUGGAGGAGCGCAUUGCGCACCCAGACAAGUACACAGAUGAAGGAAAGCCUAUCCCACCUGAAUUUGAGGAUCCCAAACUUUACCAUUAUGCAAUUUUUUCUGACAAUGUGGUUGCAGCCUCAGUUGUUGUGAAUUCAGCCGUGAAGAAUUCAAAAGACCCCCAGAAGCAUGUGUUUCAUGUAGUUACCGAUAAGAUGAAUCUUGGGGCAAUGCAAGUAAUGUUCAAGAGGAGGGAAUAUAAUGGGGCACAUAUUGAAGUUAAGGCAGUUGAAGAUUAUAAGUUCUUGAACUCUUCUUAUGUCCCAGUACUUCGACAGCUUGAGUCAGCUAAUCUCCAGAAAUUUUACUUUGAAAAUAAGCUUGAAAAUGCAACAAAGGACACCACAAAUAUGAAAUUCAGGAAUCCAAAGUAUCUAUCAAUACUGAAUCAUCUUCGAUUCUACUUGCCUGAAAUGUACCCAAAACUGCAUAGGAUAUUGUUCUUGGAUGAUGAUAUUGUUGUUCAAAGGGAUUUGACUGGCCUUUGGAAGAUAGAUAUGGACGGUAAGGUGAAUGGAGCCGUGGAGACUUGUUUUGGCUCAUUCCAUCGGUAUGCACAAUACAUGAAUUUCUCUCAUCCUUUGAUCAAAGAGAAGUUUAACCCCAAAGCGUGUGCAUGGGCAUAUGGGAUGAACUUCUUUGACUUGGAUGCUUGGCGCAAUGAGAAAUGCACAGAACAAUACCAUUACUGGCAGAGUCUGAAUGAAAACCGAACUUUGUGGAAAUUGGGAACGCUGCCUCCCGGGUUGAUCACAUAUUACGCAACAACAAAGCCUCUAGAUAAAUUUUGGCAUGUCCUAGGGCUUGGAUACAAUCCAAGCAUAAGCAUGGACGAAAUUACCAAUGCUGCAGUUGUCCACUUCAAUGGGAACAUGAAGCCAUGGCUCGACAUUGCCAUCCCCCAGUUUCGGCCUCUCUGGACAAAAUAUGUUGAUUUUGAGAAUGAGUACAUCCAGGCCUGUAACUUUGGCCUGUAAGUCGUGGUGAUUGUUGAAGCUCUGCGGAGAAGACUCAUCCAACUAUUCUCUCCACGUCCUCUUACACAUAAAGUUAGUAUUCAUUUCAUAUCAUAGAACCUCUUAGCAUAAACCUUAGUUUUAGUAUAUUUACUUUCUGAAAUAGUAUAAAUUCCAUAAUCUCCAAUUGUCCAUAAUUGUUAUCUAUAUUUAUGGCUAAACUUCUCGAUAAGAUAUUUUGCAAUUCGUAUACUAGCAGGCACAGCUUAUAUAGUACUCCUUCCCAUUCUCAUGGUGUAGUGCAUAAUAAACAAUGUUUUUUUCA